AUGCACCCCAAGGCCGCAGGGUUCGAGUCCAUUGCUGACCACUCUGUCUUGGAAAUGAGUAGCAGCGAAGCCACAGAUUUUGAGCGUGUACCGCCUGAUAGCAGCAGCGGCUUUGUCAAGAUUGGCGGCCCUUUACCAGACUCGUCCGACCCUCGCACCAUCAAAGGUGCGAGCAGUGUGCCUGGUAAUGGCCACCGUUUGUUCUAUCUUCGAGUAAUCGACUCGCGUAAAUGGCAUUACUCGGAGACAUUUGCGCUUUUUCUCGACUUUUUUGUGCAGGUCUUGGCAAUUUCGUUUACGCAAAAGGCCACAUUCCAUGACGAAGUGACGGCAAAGGCCUCGCGUCUCUUUUCGUCAGGACUGAUGCUCUGCUACUUUAUUGACAUGAGUAUUCGUGUGUUGGGUCUUCGUCUUGCUCUCUUUCGGUCCCACUCGAAUAUCGCCGACUUGCUUUGUCUCGUGGCUAUGGUUUUUCUGCUCGGGUCAAGGUUCGUUAUGGAUGAGCGAGAAUAUUGGCUUUGUCUCGGCUAUUUGACUAUCGUGGCUUGUCGACUCAUUCUUAAGCCCAGAGCACGAAUCUUCAGUAAGAAACUGCACAAAUUUCGUACCAAUGGGGACCAUAUCCGAAUCAGUAUUGAGUCGCUUCGUGCAUCACUCGCUCGUAUCCCUGGUAUCUCGGCCAUGUCCAUUGAAAUGAUGGAGACGGACCUUGUAAUCAUUUGUGGUCGUGAUGAAGGCGAUAUGACUCGCGACGAGCUCAUGAACUUCUUAGAACGAGCACUACAUUAUCGUCCACCAACACUCUCGGCCACCGAAUUCUUGUCACAUUUGCGUGAUAUUGACGCGUCAUCAUCGACAUUGGCAUAUGGUACUACGGAUGUGGUUCGCAGUACGUUAUGGCACUGGUCGACACAGAUGGCAGACCUCAUUUUCUGCUUCUUCGUCGUGUGCAUUAAUGCGUCAGUCAGUCCUGCUUUGGCUAUUUUCCUAGCCAAGUUAUCGGAUGCUUUUGACACGUUGGACUCGGGCAAUCCGAAUGAAGCGACACUUAGACUUGGAGUUAUGGGCGUGUUGGCACUCUGUGUGCCGUUCGUACUUGGCGACUAUGCGGUUGGCUACUUUCAGUCUAAGAUGAUUUCAAAGGCUACGGAGUCGAUGCAAGCAGCACUACUAAACAUUAUUUUGCGUCAAGAUACUCAAUUCUUUGCUGAGCGCUCGGAAGGUGAUUUGAAUAAUCUUUUUUCGAGUGAUGUGGCGCGUGUAAAUGCAUUGUGGCAGGCUGUCUUUUGGAAUUUGUUGAAUCCGCUGCUGGCUGUGGUUUUUGGAUUUGGAUACGCUUUGUAUAUGGAUGCCAGUAUUGGUGUUAUGUCGUUUGCGUUUACUGCUAUGCUUUUAUCUAGUGGUCCACAGGGUUUUGCUGCUCAGCGCUCGAAAGAGUUUGGCUCGAGGAAUGCUUACGUUGCGGCUGAGUUCCAAAAUGCAGUUGGCUGCGAGAAAGUUGUUCGAGCGUACGCAAUCCAAGAUCCGCUUAUUACGCGUUUUAAAAAGACAUGUGGUUUGUUGCGAAAAAGCCAGUUCUCGAAGGACUUUUGGUCAAGUAUCGUGCAGAUAUACAUUGAGUCGGCCAUGUACAUUUUUAUAGCCAUAAUGACAGCCUCGUUGGCGAUGAAAGUGUGGCACAAAGAGCUGUCUUCUGGUGAAUUCUUUGGUUUCAUCACGUUGCUGAGUCGUGUUUCAAACCCUGUGACAGUUUUGGGUGGGUUUAUGCGUGUAGCUAUUGGCAACGCAAGCAGUCUGCAACGUGUCGAUGAUAUUAUUGUCGGACUUGGCUCGAGCAGUAGUAGCAAAAACGAUGGGGAUAAGGACAUGCCACCACUUCCUAAGAUGACUCGCGAUCUUCGGAUUGAAGAGCUUGCAUUUAAGUAUGACAAGUCAUCAGAGAACUACAUCCUCAACGAGUUGACAGCUACUAUUCCCCGUGGAUCAUACACUUGCGUUGUAGGACCGUCUGGUUGUGGUAAGAGUACGCUGCUGGCAUGUCUUAUGCAGUUCCAGGAAGCCGAUGGUGGCUGCAUUCGUCUUGAUGGUCAUGACAUAUUUAACUUUUCCAAAAAAUCGUUUAUGGACCAAACGGCUGUCGUUUUCCAAGAUGGUGGUAUAUUGAACGGCACGAUUUACGACAAUAUUCGCUACGGUAAUAUCAGCGCUUCGAAUGCUGAUUGUGAGGAAGCUGCACGUUUAGCCGAGUGUCAUUUUAUUAAAAAUCUCAAGGAUAGCUUCGAAACAGUAGUGGGUCAGCACGCUACGUGCAAUCUCAGUGGUGGUCAGGCGCAGCGUAUAUGCUUAGCGCGUGCCCUUUGUCGGCGCCCAAGCUUGUUGUUGCUUGAUGAAGCUACCAGUGCCUUAGACCCUGAGACUGAGGCGUCAAUUGUGGCAACUCUAGAGCGUCUUUCGGACAAGAUGAACAUGACCAUCAUUUCUGUCACGCAUCGCUUGUCGACAGCCCUUAAUGCGGACCAAAUUUUGGUUUUAAACGCAGGACGUGUAGCAGAAGAGGGUCGUUACGAAGCGCUUGUUCAAAAAGGUGGACUCUUUUUCGAAAUGGUUCACAAAGUGGAGAAGCCGGAAGAGGAGGAAGAUGAUGUUCCUCUGGAGAUGUCGCAUAUGGUCUCGAUGGCAAAGAGCCGUCGUCGUGGUAUAGUGCAACGCAGAAACGCUGACACAAUUGGUGCUAAUGGGGAUGAGCCAACGCAGAUGCAAGAUAGUGCGCUAGCUUUGCAGCAGUUUACAAAGAAUUUGAGCUCGCGUGUGGUUCACGACGCUGGCGAUGGGAAUCGUUCUGCAGGCACAACUUCAUGGUACCGCUAUGGGAAUCGUAACUCUCACCGAAGUCGCAAGACGAGCGACGACGCAGGAAAUAACGCUGCGGAAGGUGGGAAUCCUUGGUAUCCGACUCAAAAUGAAAAUCGAGGUGGAGCUGCGACGUCGGAGGACGAGCGCAAUAAGUACUUUGUACUUUAG